AUGGCCUCUACACUGCUGAAUUCGGUGAAUUUGAAUUCCAUUAAAGCCGUAAAACAUGACUAUGUGGGUUUGAAGCCUUUAAAGUUUGAUCAGAAUAAUAUUCACUGCACGAGGCCUCCAUUGACUAAAAUCACACGAAGGGCACUUUUGGUAAGGGCCAGUGAAAAUGGUCCUAUAAAGAAAAUGGGGAUGAGUGACGUGGAGUGUGAAGCUGCUGUUGUUGCAGGGAAUGUUCCGGAAGCUCCUCCGGUGCCCCCCAAGCCUUCUUCGCCAGCUGGCACACCGGCCGUGGCCCCCCUUCCACUUAGUAAGCGGCCACGUCGAAAUCGUAGGUCACCGGUAUUUAGGGCCGCAUUCCAAGAGACUAAUUUAAGUCCUUCGAAUUUGGUUUAUCCACUUUUCAUUCAUGAAGGCGAAGAAGAUACACCAAUUGGAGCUAUGCCGGGGUGCUAUAGGCUUGGGUGGAGACAUGGGCUUGUGGAAGAGGUGUCUAAAGCUCGAGAUGUUGGUGUUAACAGCAUUGUGCUCUUUCCAAAAGUACCCGAUGCUUUAAAGACUUCUACAGGAGAUGAAGCUUACAAUGAAAAUGGAUUAGUGCCUCGAACAAUACGGCUGCUUAAAGACAAAUAUCCAGAUCUCAUUAUCUAUACUGAUGUUGCUCUCGAUCCAUAUUCCUCUGAUGGGCAUGAUGGCAUUGCCAGAGCAGGAGCAGAUGUUGUGAGCCCGAGUGACAUGAUGGAUGGUCGUGUGGGAGCUAUUCUAUCUGCUCUUGAUGCUGAAGACUUUCACCAUGUUUCCAUUAUGUCCUAUACUGCCAAGUAUGCAAGCUCAUUCUACGGUCCCUUCAGAGAAGCAUUGGACUCAAAUCCACGAUUCGGAGACAAAAAA